UCCACCUCUAGUUAUUUAAGUCAAAAUGGCGGCAAAGCUGAUCUUUUCUGGCGAAGUUAUUGAGGAGAAGUUCUUGCAGCAAGUGCAGUCUGUAGCUGGCUCUAUCUCCUGGUCUAAAGAUGACAGAAUAGCUGUGAUUUGCGAUCAAGGUGUUUAUGUUUUUUCAUUGGAAGUGUCAGAAAAGCACCGUGGAGUAGCAUAUACUCUCUCAUGUAUUCCAUGCGAUAAAGAAGUGGCCUCACUUACAAAAAUUAACGAUGGACAACAGUUUUUCAGUCAAGCACUGGACGCUUAUGGAACACAAAGUGUGGGGUUAUACUUAGAAUCAACAGUUAUAUCUAGCAGUAUGAUCAAAACUGUUGCAUGGUCCCCCCCAGGAUGUGACAGGGAAAAAAGGUGUAUCUUUGCAUCCCUUUCCAUGGACUUCAAAAUCAAGAUACAUUUUUGCAGCUCUAACAGUUGGCAAGAAGCAACUGAACUAUCCUCUGCCUGGCAAAGCUACUGCAAAGAGACAUGUUACUUUGACACUUACAAUAAAAGUUCAGGGAUUUGUGAUUUCCAAAAGGUUACAGUGAAGACUUUACCACUCAUCAACAAGUGCUUAAAAUUCAUUCAGUUUACUACUUUGGUGUGGUGCGCAGAACUUUUUAUGCAAGACAGGGAUUCAAGUGAGGCAUCAAAUAAAUUUUCAGUGCUUACUGCAGCUACAAGAAGUGGCAUUAUCUCAUUUUGGAAGGUUCCUGUUCCAGUGGAUUCAAAUACGAGUGCAUCUUUGAUUGGAACUUGGGAUACACAUAUGGAAUGGCCAUGCUCGAUGGAUUGGUUAGCUAGUUCACAACAUGAAGGUCUCCUGGCUGUUGGAGAUUCAUCUGGGCUUCUCAGAGUUUUCAGGGUCAGAAUUGGAAAUUCUUCAAUUGCGGAUGGGCCAAUCAAUGUUCAGGUUCUUUGGAAGUUAUGGGACCAUAAAGAUGAAAUGGCAAUAAACUCCAUUCAUUGGUCCCCUUUGGGGGCUGAAGGCAGCAUGUACUUAUUUGCAAGCAAGACCUCAUCCAUCAUAAGGUUCACUAUUCCAGAAAAUGGCACCGAUACUAGUCACAGACAUGAAAUUAUACAUGGCAUACACCAGGACUCUGUCAUUGCACUGGACGCAUGUGCCAAUGGAAGUGUGUUCUCAUGUGAUUCGACUGGGACAGUCCAGAGGGUGGCCAUGGGCACCCUGAUACCUGAGGAGCUACAAUUGGAGACCAAUCGCAGGACCCCAUGUUAUGGUCUGGGGGUGUCCUCAAAUGGACUUUACACUGUCUUGGUUCGUAGUACGGACAUUAACACUGCCAGCAAGGCUAACGUCCUGAAGAGCUGGGUUCAGUUUAUUUCACUUGUUGAUGAAAGCACCCUCUCAGCAGCCAUCAAAACAGCUACAAUAACUGGCACAUUAUCCUGGGAUGUCAGACAGGCCCUACGUCAUUACGUACACCAGCAGGAUGUCCCUGUCCCUGCAUGGCCCUUGAUGGACCAGCCAUUGGACUCCCUUAAUAUUGCGUCCCUUCGCAUCCGUUACUGCGUGGUGCAGCAGUUGAAUAAGAAGAAGGCGAGUCCUGAGGAUGAAGCAAUUAAUGAUGGGGAAUUGGAGGUUUUUGACUGCAUUUUUAGAUUGCUGGCUUUAGAAAGAUUGACGUCUUGGUUGGACUACUAUGAGGGAAAAGGGAAGGAAUGCCCAGUUGCAGACCGCACAUGCGCACUGAUCGCUGCCGAGUGGCUUCUACUGAACCUUGACGAUGCGCGGUCACUCAGCCUCGCUACCAGGACCUACAGAGCCCUAGGCCACACAGCCCUUGCAGCACAGGCUACCCAAAUCCGCAAGGACGCUUUAGUGGUUAUUGAUGAAGAUGAUGAUGAGUUGAAGGAGCCUGGCUGUAAAAAGGUGAAGAUUGGUAAAGUUGAAGGUUGGUUAAACAGAGAGCCUGCCGUCUCAUCUCCUCAUAAUGGGCGGAACACAAGAACGCCUUCGUCUUACACAGACAGCCGGCUGCCAAUCAAAGAAUCAUGUCCAAUAUGCAAGAGUGAAGUGCCUCUGACCGAUCUGCGCCGCGGUGUCUGUACAAGUGGUCAUUCCUGGCUGCGAUGUGCUGUGUCAUUUUGUAUCUGCGCAGAGUUCAAAUAUCACGUGUGCAUCGAGUGUCGUGGAUGCGUGUCAACUGGUAACGAGGAGACGUCGACAUGGUUACGGCGCUUAUUACGAAGGACAGAUUGUUGUCCUGUUUGCGGUAACUGGCUGUCUUAGACGAAUGUCUGGUCUGUUUACAUAGGUUGUUCUGUUGUCGUGUUUGCGGUAACUGGCCGUCUUAGAUGAAUGUCUGGGCACUUGGUACACUGCCAAAGACGUGAUCCUUUUUAAGUUGUGAAUACUAUUUGCGGUAACUGGGUAUCCUAUAUCCUAACAUGAAGGAUAAAGCUGUUACAUGGUACAUUGAACACUGUCAUCGACGUGAUCAGCUGAAGCAUGCAAUCAAUGAAAUACACACCCUAAGCAUCUAUUCUAAGAUAGAUGAGAACCAGUGUCUUGUAACAAUAUGUUAUGAACAACGUAUGUUGAGGCCACAUAUGUAAUAACCUGCCACAUUUGUUAUAACGGCCACAUUUGUAAUAAGGUAGGCCACAUUUGUAAUAAACUGUCCGAUAUAUCAUGAAAAAGAAACAUCGUACGACAACCAAACCUGGAAGGUGUCAUGUUGGUGUCAAAGGGGGUGCAACCAGGUGGUCACGUGAUGUGUGACGUCGUCGAUGGCGUCAUAAAAAAUAUCCAUAUCCCACGAAAGAAGCACGUAUGACAACCAAACUUGAUAGGUGUCAUGUAGGUAUCAAGGGGGUGCAAAGAGAUGGUCACGUGAUGUGUGACGUCAUCGAUGACGUCAUCAAAAAUAUCCUUAUCCCAUGAAGGAAACAUCGUAUGACAACGCUUGUGUCAAGGCAGGUGUCAACAAAAUGAUCACGUGAUAUGUGACGUCAUCAAAGCAAA